AUGGACCCAAGCAUUUCCAUGGCCAAUUCUCAAAACCCAGAAUUUCAGGAUGACUUAGAAAAACCUGUGAGGAUAGAGAGAGGCGAGUCAAUAGCUUCUGCAGAACUGUCCCAAGAAAUCACACAAACUACACCCCAUUCCUCCACUGACACCGCUCAAUACUACUGCAUUAUGGAAGACGAAUGUCCUCACCACCUUACAUCACCACCUUCUCUUCCAUCCCGCUUGGAACCAGAGGGGGGCAGCACAUGUGAGGCAGCAGCCGCUGACCCAAGUGUGAGCCUGAGGUCAUCUGACGGCACAGAGGCUAACACUAAUCCCGAGUGCUUAGACUGGCACCAUGGAGAGAAGCAGUUAAUGACAAGCCACAACCAGGUGAAUGAGGAGAUGGAAAGUGUAUUACCCACGUUUGAGGAAGUUGUAAGCAGCGACUAUUCAAGUGGGAUCCAAUGCACCACACAAAACCAAGAACUACUGGAAGACAGAUUCAAGACUCAAGAGUGGGGUGAAUCUACUGAGAGAGCAGUUGAAGAAUGUAAUGAUGAUGGGGUGCCCAAAGAUCAAAUGCUGGAUGAUCAGGAUCAGGAAUUAAAAUUGGUGGAGGUUACCAAUCUUCUGGAUGAUACAGGAUUAAACUAUCCCCAUCAAAGGAUUGAGAGAUUUGACCUUGCAUCUAUUGCUACUCAAGAUAAUCCAAACACAAUGGAAGUUACCUCAACACAAAGUCCAGACAACUCACACAAGGAAGGCAUGAAUAGCCAACUUGAAGAUGCAUUGGACAAUGAUCUUAGAGAAUAUGACUGGGUAAGGGGAAUAGGAGUGGAAGAUGAUGAAGAGGACAGAGGGCUGGACGAGCAAGAAGACUCAGAUGGGACAGCUUCAGAGAGGAGAUUAGCAACUGAAAUCUUGCAAGGCAAAAACCUGCUUCAGCGUUUGCAGCUAAUUCAACAGAAUCAAGAUUCGGAAGACAUUUGCUCGCAGACUCCAAAGCCAGAAGUGGAUAUGAUAACAAAUGUAGCAUCAGAAGCCAUUCAACAAGAAGAGCAAUCAGAGGAAGAGCCACAAACCGAAUCUCCUUUGUUGACUAUGACAGCACAACUUGAAGAUUGUAGUAUUCAUGAAACAGAUAUUGUUCAUUGUAAUAUAGAAAGUGAUAACAGAUGUUUUGUAGUUGUGAAAGAAACCAGUGCAGAUGAAGAUCUCUCCAAGCAAUUCGAACAAAAUGUUCCAGAAAGUCACUCAACGAAAACUCAAGUUGUUGGAAUACUUCAAAUGACGAAAGAAUGUUGUUUAGAAGACAGAUAUUUUAUGGGGGAGGAAAGAGUUGAUGAAGAAGACAUUUGUACAGAGGAAAAGACUAAUAGCAAUGAGGGUGAUGAACUAGAAGAAAAGGGAAGGACAUCUUUGCUAACCUUGUCUCCUCAACAGACAGAUAACAGAGAGGCAUCUGACAGAAAUGCUGAUUACAUUAAUGGGACUUGGAAAUUCAAAGAUGAAAACAGAACUCCCUUUCCCCCCUGCCACAGACUUUCAGCUGCUGAGACCUUCACGGAGAAACAAUUUCAAAAAUCAUCUCAGAUGAAGCAAGAUUUGCAGAGAGCAGAAGGUGUCUCUGAUCUGACUGAAAAUCCAGACAUACUCGAGAUUCCCUUUAAGUCUAAUAUCUGCCUGGAGCCCCUCCCCACAAGAGCCGACUGUGCUCCAACAGAAGAGUGGCACUUCUCAGAGCAGAAGAUGCAGAAGGAGAUCCGUCAGGACAUGCAGAGGGAGAUGGUGCUGGUGAACUUGGGGAAGAUCCCUGGAGGGUAUAGCAAAGGAGAAAGUCGGCAGAUGAAGGACACAAAGCUUCUAUUUGAAGCAUUCCAGCAGGUGAAAAUAGAAGGUCCAACAAGAAUCAGGAAAAAUAUGGGCUCACUGCCUAAAAGGCCACUUUACCCCUCUGUGUUGGAGCGAACACACAGCCUGGAGAUGUUUUCACAAAAAACAUCUCCCAUGUUGCGAACACAUUCAUUCCAUCUGGUAUCAGCCUCUGAAAAGGAGAAAUAUCCUGAAACAUUCAGACCACUGAGUCCAUGUAUAAGAGACAAACCUCGUCUAAGCCCCUACCCCAAACAUGAAAAACACACACGCAUGCAUAAAAGCAUGGACUCAAUCAACAGGAACAGUCCAACAUCUACAGGAGGGAGAAGCUCCAAGCAGGAACCAGCCAGAGAAGGUUCUCCACUCCUGAAGGAAAACCCCUUCUUUAAGCUGCGCCCAGCCCUGUCUCUACAGCCCGAAGUGGAGAAGGACAUCAGGGAGGCCAAGAAACGAGAAGAAGAGCUGCGCAAACAGAGGUCUAGUCUAUACGGAGACAUGAUGCAGGGUAGCAGAGAUGACGGCAGGUCGACAGCUGAGCUUAAAGCAGAUCCAAUGCAAAAGACCACAGGGCGACUGGACCGUGUGUGGCCUCCACCCUCCAAGAAAGAGCACACAAAAGCUGAGCAGCAGGAGGUCAAAGUUCAGCGAGGCCCGGGACACAAAACCAGUCUAUGGCAACGCUGGGAGUCAGGCUUCAUCAAUCGGCAAUCGUCAACCAACAACAACUGA